GAGAGAGAGAGAGAGAGAGAGACUGGAAGAAGUCGCGCUUCGGAAUCUGAUUUCUCUGCGUUUGAUUUUCUUGUAUGUAUGUAUAUAUAUAUUUUCUCUUCUGUUUUGAGUCUGUCACGUGCUAUCUUGCUGAACGCGCUGGUUCCGGGAUUGAUUUCAAUUAUGGGUCGAUUUGGGAUAACAUUUCCCCGGAGCCGCCGCUGAUGGUUCGAUCCCAGUCCGACCGGGUCCUCGCAGCGUGAUGGAUACAAAUGAGUUCGUCCUGCUGAAACUUUUAUUUUUGGCCUUUUGGGUUAAUACUUGGAUGAUGAGCGGGACAUCAGCCUCUGACACUUUCAACUUAGAGCCCACCAUUACCUGGCAGAGGAGGCUCUGCAACGAGUCCCGUCUCCGGUGGGAGGUGGAGGUCUGCGGAGAAGACUUCAAGCGGGACAUGGCUCACGUAGACCCACAGCAAUGGUGCAACCUCACACACUUCAUGAGCGAGUAUCACCUCUUCACGCUCUGCACAGAGACGAAGGCCCACAACGUCGACUGCUACUGGCCCAACCCGCUGGUAGAGAGCUACAUCAUCCGCAUACACAAGCACCUUUUCUCCAACUGCACCAUAGAGGAGGUGAUAUGGAUGGACCCGCCGGACGACACGCUCACCGUCCUCAUCCUCAUACCGGUUUUCCUCACCUUGGCCAUGAUUGCUCUGGUGGUCUGGUGCAGCAAAAGGAGCGAUCUCCUGGCAUAGGACAUGAGAACACACGAUGGAGAGGAAAAACUCAAACUAAGGACCAAAUCUCUUCAAUUUGUAAAAUAUAUUUUUGGGCGGUAUUAAAUGGUCCAUUAAUAGCACAGUAAACUAACUUAAUCUCUUUUUACCAGGGGUGAUGAAAAGCUUGUAUGUAUUAAAUUGUAGAUCUUGUCCCCUCUGAGGCAUUGUACUGUGUACCAAUGGCUCGUGUGUUCCUCUGUAAAGUUGCUCGCUCUUUUGUUCAAGUGAAAGGAGUGGAGGGUAUAUUCCAAAUUAAUCCCUAAUCUAGUUUUACAAUACAAAAGCAUUUCAUUCAUAAGGAUUUUGACAUUAAGUGUUCAUCUAUUUUUACUCGUCCUUGUUCAACAUAAAUGCAUAUUUUCUGUUAAUGCAUGUUCAAGUUCAUUCGGUGGAGUUAUUUUUCCGGCGUUGACUUCAGUGUUCUGAAAAGAUAAAGGUGUUAAACCAGAUUGUGUGAAAUUGGGAUGAGAGACAAGAAUCUGAAUUUCUAACCUGUAUAGAAAUUUAGCAUGUGUCCAAUGUGAAAAUACUGAUUUAAGUCAAUUGAGACUUGGACGUCCCAAGCUGUGGCGAUUUGAAUUGGGGCAAAAAAAGUAUUUAGACUUCAAUUGGACUUUCCCUCAAAGACUUGAGAUCUGACUUGGAUUCGGAGCAAAAGCCUCAGACUUGUCCCUAAAAUAGUUCACUUGGUCUUAGGACAAAAGAUUUGAGAACUGAAAUGAACUUGCCUUCAGAGACUCAAUAAAUGUUAUUUUUAGAGUAAUAAUCUUUAGGCUCAUCUCUAGAAGACUUGAGCCUUGACUCGGAUUUGGAAGAAAUAUGACUUGUAGACGCCUGUGGAAGAAAUCAGAGCACAUGCAUUUUUACACAUUUGACGUCCACUCGCCGUUGUUACUUGUUGAACUUUUCUACAAAUUCGACCGCACUUCAGAUUUGAUCAAGAUUAGACGAAAAAUAUUUUUGACUCCAUGCAUUUGGUAUCUCCUUACUAAUGCUUAACAAGAUUGAAUAAAACAAACAAUCUUGUCUGAA